CAGUGAUGCUUUCCUUGGCGGUAGAACAGAUGCCAUUGCCAUGUGUGCAUGCGUGCGUCUUUCGUCUCCGCAAAAUGCAAAUUGCCCUCGCGAGGACUACUUUCCUUCUUUGCGUCGUUUUAUUCUGUUUACAGGCAGAGCAAGCUAUGGUGCCAUGCCAUCCGUGUCUCCUUUUGCUUUGCAUCUUUAUUUGAUCGUGUCAUGUCGGCCACCAACCUAGCUAUUCUCCUAAGUAAGCAGCCGACCUACCAAAGCUACGAACAUCACGCGGCCGGCCUUCUAAGUUGUAACUUAGAGUGGAGAAGGGAAGGAGAAGCGGCCAGAAAGAGCUAGAGAUGGCGGAGACGGUGGUGAGCAUGGCGAGGUCCAUGCUUGGGGGCGCCAUCAGCAUGGCCGCCUCUGCCGCCGCCACCGAGAUGAGUCUUCUCAUCGGAGUCCGCAAGGACAUCUGGUUCAUAAAAGACGAGCUCAAGACGAUGCAAGCAUUCCUCGUGGCUGCCGAGAAAACAAAGAAGAAAAACAUGCUACUGGAGGUGUGGGCAGAGCAAGUAAGAGAUCUAGCAUAUGGUAUUGAGGAUUGUCUUGAUGAAUUUAUGGUGCAUGUGGGAAGCCAGAGCCGUUCUCGACGGCUGCUUAAGCUGAACGAUCGGCAUCGGAUUGCCAGCCAAAUCCGUGAUCUCAAAGCAAGAGUUGAAGAAGUGAGCAAUAGGAAUGCACGCUAUAACUUGAUCAACGCUGAUGCCUCCAGCAACAUUGACGAGGUGAAUGCCAGCAUGGAAGAUGUUCGUAGCCACUCAGCUGGUAACAUUGAUGAGGCAGAGCUUGUGGGCUUUGUUAAGCCUAAAGAGGAGUUGAUUAAGAUGGUGGAUGUUAACUCCAGAGAUGGUCUUUCCAAGGUGAUAUGUGUCGUUGGCAUGGGCGGUUUAGGCAAGACUACUCUAGCAGGGAAGGCAUAUGCUAGCAAGGAAGAUAUUGUGAAUAAAUUUGCUUGUUGUGCUUGGGUAUAUGCUAGCAAGGAAGAUAUUGUGAAUAAAUUUGCUUGUUGUGCUUGGGUCACAGUCUCACAGUCAUUUUCGAAGAUAGAGAUGCUCAAGGAGAUGAUAAGUCAACUUUUGGGUACCGAGUCACUGAGGAAAUGCUUGAAAGAACUUGAACAGAAGGCAGUGCAAGUAGAGCAUCUCGCCAACUACCUCAGAGAAAAGCUAGAGGACAAGAGAUACUUUAUUGUUCUUGAUGACCUGUGGACCAUAGAUGCUUGGAAUUGGAUCAAAUAUAUUGCUUUUCCUAUUAGAAACAAUAAAGGUAGCCGAAUAAUAGUAACAACACGAGAUGUGGGCUUGGCUGCACAGUGCACUUCAGAAUCACUUAUCUACCACCUUAAGCACCUGCAAAUAGAAGAUGCCACAAAUUUGCUACUAAGAAAGAGUGGGAAAACACGGGAAGACAUGAAAAAUGAUAAGAAAAUGAUGGCAGUGGUCAACAAAAUAGUAAAGAAGUGUGGUGGUCUACCGCUGGCUAUACUCACUAUAGGAGGCAUGCUUGGCAACAAAAAGGCAACAGAGUGGGAAAGUAUCUAUACACAAAUCCCAUCAGAGCUUGAGAGCAACCCUAGCCUAGAAGCAAUGAGGAGGAUAGUUACUCUAAGCUACAACAACUUGCCGUCUCAUCUCAAGUCAUGUUUUCUUUAUCUAAGCAUCUUUCCUGAGGAUUUUGAAAUCAAAAGGAGGCGUUUGGUAGAUAGAUGGAUAACAGAGGGGUUUGUUAGAGCCAGAGGUGGAGUAAACAUCGAAGAUGUUGGAAUAAGUUAUUUCACCGAGCUAAUCAACCGAAGCAUGAUUCAGCCCUCAAAAGUGAGCAUAGAAGGACAUGUUAAGAGUUGUCGAGUCCAUGAUAUCAUGCAUGAUGUGAUGGUCUCGAUAUCCAGGGAAGAAAAUUUUGUGUAUUUGGCAGGAGAUAAUGCAACUACUGUAUCAGAGGGGAACUUCCGUCAUGUAGCAUACAAUGGUAGUAAGUGCCAAAAAUUAGGCAUGGAUUGUAGCCAUGUUCGUUCAUUAACCAUGUUUGGUGAGAGAUCAUUGGAUCCAUCACCUUCAGUUUGUUCAUCUGACAUGAGAAUGCUCCGGGCCUUGGAUCUAGAGAAUGCACAGUUUCAAGUCACACAAAAGGAUAUCAGCAACAUAGGAUUGUUGCGGCACUUGAAGUAUGUGAAUUUUUCUGAUCCUCAAGGAUAUUCACAUAUUUACAAACUUCCUAGAUCCAUAGGGAAAUUGCAAGGCUUACGUACUUUGGACAUAAGAGGUAGUUAUAUUACAAAACUGCCAACUGAGAUUUGUAAACUCAAGAGUCUACACAGUCUCCGUUUUACCACAAAUGGUUCCUACGAAUACUUUGACUUGGAUGACCCCAAGAAUUGCUUGCUGGCCACAUCUUGUCUACCCAUAUUUUUCACACCUUUGUUUGAUCCCAGUGAUCGUGCUGAGGUAAUUGCCGAGCUACACAUGGCAUGGUGUAGCCAUUGGUCAGAGUCAGAUGGUGUGAGGGUGCCAAAAGGAAUCAGCAAACUGAAAGAGCUGCAAGUACUAGAGGUUGUGGACAUCAACCGAACCAGUGGCAAAGCAAUUAAAGAGCUAGGUGAGCUUGUGCAGCUGAGAAAACUAAGCGUGGUAACACAAGGGGCCACCAAGCAGAAAUGUGAAGUACUCUGUGAUGCCAUUCAGAAGCUCACUUGCCUCCGCUCCCUUGAAGUGCAUGGUUCACUCGAGUGGAUGCAUGUUGUUUCCUCUCCUCCACCCCUGUUGAGGAGUCUGAAGUUGGAGGGAUGCCUCGGAGAGGUUCCUGGCUGGUUUGGCAAUCUGAUGUAUUUGGUAAAGCUUCACUUAUGGAGCAGCGAGAUAAAGGAAGAAGGUAAAAUCAUGGAAAUACUAGGGCCACUUCCCAACCUCAUGCAUCUUCGCCUUGAAAAAGGCUCUUAUAUUGGGAAGAAGUUAGGAUUCAAAACGGAAGCAUUUCCAAAUCUCAAAAAGCUUGAUAUUUUGUAUCUCGAGCAAGUGAGAGAGUUGAUAUUCGAGGAGGGCACCUCGCCCCAGCUGGGAAAGAUAGAAAUCACUUUCUGCUGGUUGGAAUCAGGGAUUAACAGUAUCGACAACCUUGCAAGUCUCAAGGAGAUUUGGCUUAAUUGGUAUGCGCAAGUGGCCAGGCUUGGUGUGUUGCAACGUGAACUGGACGCGCACCCCAACAAUCCCGUGCUGCGGCUGCAGAAGGAACGGAGCUACCACGACCUGGAUGAAGGAACGGAGGGGGAGGAAUCAUCAUAUCUCCAUCCCGAGCAUGCAGCAACGGGGGAAGCCUCCUCCUCGCAGGUGGCGAUCGUGACGACGGGGAGCCACAGCAGGCAAGACCCUGACAUAAGGGAGGUCCAAGGCUCUACUUUGGUGGAAGACGAUUUCUGGUCCUGCAAUUCCGACGACGACGACGCUUGAUGAUUGGUCGAUGCUGCUCCCUUUGUUCAGAUCCAUUGCUGCUUCUCGAAGACUCCCGUGUGCACAGGCCGACGCCUGCGCUGGUACCCAUAGGAGGUGCUACUACGGAUGAUUUUCCCUUCGCGUUGCUUCUGAAUUUCUGAUUGCUCCCGCAGUCUUCUGAUGCCAUGUUGGUGCAGCUCAAACCUCCUUCGAUUUUGUUUGAUUCCAUCUGAUUUCUGGUGAUAUUUGUCAGACUUUCUUUCGUGCACACCAACCGUUCAUCUCAACGUCUGCAAGAGAUUAUAUCUGAAUGUAAAACCGAUCACAAUUAUCUUUUAGAUGCAUAAAAUCUGCUUCAGUGCAAUGUCUUUACUUCCAUUGCUAUUUAUCUGGAGGACAUGUGAAGCUUAUAUGUUAUAGUUCCCUGACUCCAGCCUGCAGGAGGAAAUGGAGCAACUCUGCUAGAUGAGGAGGAGCAGGGAGCUUCGCAACCAUCCUGUGCUGCCAAGGGAUACUGAAUAAUAUCAAGCGAAGUCGGAAGUCAUGGGAUUUCUUUCUGAUCCAGGAGGGAGUUAACAUGCUCAACACUGGACAGUCCGACUCUGAAGUGUGAUAGCUGGUCAAUUAAGCAACUAAACAACUCCUUUUCUUUCUUUGUAGUUAGUAUCAUGCUAAAUUUGUUCAGCGUGAUUUCUCAUGUUGUUUUAGGCUUGAACAAAUAACAGAUUUGCUGAUAAAAUGGCGUUAUGCAUGCUCUGUAUAUGUAUUGCAGUCGGGGAGGGAAAUGCAAUGGACUAUACAAGAAAAUAUACCACUAUCAAUUAAGGUGCAUUGUUAUGAUGCAAUUGGUCAUCGUGUUUAACUUCCUUGUUCGCUGCCAAUGUCAGAGCAGUAGUCUUUUGUUGUCUCUUACAGCAAAGAUGACAUUGGCUGUAGCCUGCAGGAAAUUAGAAUUUUGCAAAUCUGGGAGAAGAUGGAACGUCGCAUGAUCAAACUCAUGAUGCAAUUACUGCGACUUAUGGCGGCGCAUUACCUGAUUUUCUGCCAAAGUUGUAUAAUAUCAAAGAGACAACUGGAGGAAGGUAUAAGUAUAACCCAAUGGAAGUACUAGAGGCAUCUUGAUACUUAGGAGGAGCUGGAGCAACUCUGACAGAUGAGAUUUGAGCGUGAUGCAUACUUCUGCAACUGAUGAAAUGUUCUGAAGUAUGGACUGUGAUCGACCUGAUAACUGAUGCUCUGUGUUUGUAUUUGAUCUCAGCUGGGGAGAAGUCGUGGAAAAUGCAAUGGGCUACACCACGCAAGAUGCUGCUACUGCUUAAGGUGCAUAUACGUACAGUUAUGCCGCAAUUCGCCGUCGCGCUCAGCUCUCCAAGUUCUCUGCUGGGUGGUAGCUUCCGAUAUGGUGCAAGGUGAACCUGAGAGGCGUCUUGACAUCUCUGAACUACGAAUGGAAGAGAAACGCAUUGAUCUCGAGGCUUCAGUGUAAUGGAGAGGAGUAGCAAGCUGCACUGCUCCUCAGGAGUUUACGAGUUGUUACUGUUGGCCUAGAUGAGAAAACGCUUCUUGAGGAACACAAUCGAAUCGAAUGGCUGAUCCACCUGAUCAGAGCCUGCAAUUUUGAAUCAGACCUACUCUGCUUUUCCAGAGAUGUUUAGUUCCUGUCUGUUACUGCCACUAUGCUUGUGCUUGCUUGUAAUCAAAGAAUGAGGAUUACAUGUGUUGUUAUCCAAGUCCCGCAAAUUUAAGAAUC